AUGUCGUCCUUAGACGAUUAUGAUGUUCUUCAGGAAAUAGGAAAAGGGACCUACGGUAAAGUUUACAAAGCUCGACUUAAAAGAGGAGAUCGAAAUGAGAUUUUUGCUAUAAAGAAAAUAGACUUCAUCAAGGCAAAUUCCAAAGAGCUGGAACAACUUAGGAGAGAAGAAGACAUUUUAAAACUGUUAUGUGACCAAAAGCAUGAAAAUAUAGUACGAUAUAUAGCAUCUUUCAGUGUAGGCAGUGUUCUAUAUAUAGUAACGGAGUAUUGCUCAGGAGGUUCCUUAUUCCAUUACCUUUGUGAACGGAAAACUGGUCUGGAGGAGUACGAGUUUAAAAUAUACCUCGAACAGAUAUUAAAUGGAGUAAAGUACCUUCAUUCUAAAAAAAUCACUCACCGAGAUUUGAAAACAAAGAACAUUCUUCUUACGUCAGAUAGCAAGAUAAAAAUAGCAGACUUUGGAGUAGCCAAAAUAGUUGAUACAUGCAGCAAAGCUGCAAACACUGUCAUGGUGGGGACACCACAUUACAUUGCUCCAGAGAUGAUGGGUGGAAAAGGUACAUAUGAUGAAAAGAUUGAUAUAUGGGCCAUCGGUUGCGACUGUUAUGAAAUGGGUACUUCAAAUUACGCCUUUGACGGCAAAACUGCACAGGAACUGAAAGAAGCUGUGAGCAGAAAUAAGUUACCUAAUAUCAACAGUCUUCGAUUUUGCGAAAACAUUCAGAAAAUGAUAAUUAGAUUGCUUGCUCCGAAUCCCUGUGAUCGACCAGAUGCUGAAUUCCUGUUUAAUGAAGUAUCACGUCAUCACUGCCAGAACAUAGAACAACCAUACAAACACCAUAAAGAGACUCAAGUGUUUUGUCAUUCUACAGCAAUACCAGGACAUGAUGGAAAGAAAGUGUUUUUGAGUAGCCAAAGUUCUAAUAUAUCAACAAUUCCGCGAGGUAUAAAAAAUAGCAAAGAACCAACACAAAAUACAGAUUCUUUUGAUGAAAAACAGAAAGGAGAAAUGAUUUCUAUUGAAGGUCCUAUGCCAUCAGCGUCAAUAUCGCCAAAAGGUGGAGAGCAAAACACGGAUUCCUUUGAUCAACUUAACAGAAUGUCAUCUUCUUCCCUCGAAGAUUCGUUUAAGAGUACAUCAUCUAGUCGGAGUGACUCUCAAGAUGAUAUCACCUCUCUGUAUGAAAAAUCGGUGCAUAGAUUUGACAAAAAACUAUGCGACACAUUACGCAAUGCUGGAGGCCGAGAUAUCUACCGCAAACUUGGACAAUUAAUAAUGGAGGAGUCUUAUAGUGUGGACUUUGAAGUAAUCAGCAGAUUGCUUGGAGAAAGAUUUGCUGCUUUACAGACUUUGGUGAUCACGUUGAAAAAUUUAGAGGAUGGACUGAAAAUAUACUCUAAGAGCAAUUAACUGUACAACUCUGGCAUUCCUUCAAGAAGAUAAAGAUCCUUUGCAUAUAGGUUUUGAAAAAUAAUGCGAAGAAAAUCACACUGCAGCAGAGCUUGUCUGA